AUGUUGUCUGCCAAACUGAUUUCUCUGCUCACGUCUUACCCGCUGAGGAGGAUUCAGCACCAAACCUGCUACUCCUAUUUCUCAAUCAAUCGAAACAGACAAGCACCUACGUUCCCAUUUGGGCCCGCUGUUACGAAAAGAGACUUUCAUAAACAAAAACUGUGGUCACGUUCUCUGGCAUGCCAGUACUAUGGAUCUGAUGGCAAAAGAUGUUUCAGUUUGACACCUGCUGGAAUUGUAAACCUCGCUCCACAGUCUGUCCAGCCGUAUCUCCGGCUAAUGAGGCUAGACAAACCGAUCGGCACGUGGUUGCUCUACUUGCCCUGUACAUGGAGUAUUGGCCUAGCUGCUGAUCCAGGUUGUUUGCCUGAUCUGGGCAUGCUUACAUUGUUUGGUGUUGGAGCAUUGCUGAUGAGAGGAGCUGGAUGUACCAUUAAUGACAUGUGGGACAAAGACUUUGACAAGAGGGUAUCCAGAACGGCCUCACGGCCGAUUGCGUCAGGGGAGAUCUCUCGGUUUCAGGCCCUAGUCUUUCUGGGAGGACAGCUCAGCCUUGCAUUAGGGGUUCUGCUCUGCCUCAAUUAUUACAGUAUUGCACUUGGUGCUGCUUCAUUGUCUCUGGUUGUCACCUAUCCUCUAAUGAAGAGGAUCACGUACUGGCCUCAGCUUGUGUUAGGUUUAACUUUUAACUGGGGAGCUUUGCUGGGUUGGUCUGCUGUCAUGGGAUCCUGUGAUUGGUCAGUGUGCCUGCCAUUAUAUUUCUCUGGUGUGAUGUGGACAUUGAUUUAUGACACCAUCUAUGCCCAUCAGGACAAAGAUGAUGAUGUAAGAGUAGGGGUCAAAUCAACAGCCUUGAGGUUCCAGGAGCAGACCAAGCCCUGGCUAAGCAGCUUUGCAGUAGCCAUGCUGUCAGGACUGGUGCUAGCAGGUGUCAACGCUAACCAGACACUGCCAUACUAUGGGGCUGUAUCUGCAGUUGCUGUGCAUCUCGCACAUCAGAUAUACUCUUUGGAUAUCAACAAGCCAGAGGACUGUUGGAAGAAAUUUGCCUCAAACCGUAACCUUGGACUUCUCUUAUUUAUGGGAAUAGUUGUUGGCAAUUUAUGGAAAAAAAGACAAGAAGGUCCAUUAGAAAUGGAAUUAAACAUGAAUCAAAAGUAAAACUCUGAGGACAC